CUGCUGACCACCUGGCUGAGAUUGGAAAGCAAAUCGGCAGAGGAAGUGAUUGGAAUGAUCUUGACUGCAAACGAAGAAAAUGCUCUGCACUUGUGGAAAAUUGUGUGGCUUCCUCUUUAAAAGAAGAGUUAAGCUUGAAACUUGCAACCACAAAAUACUCUAUUCUGUUGGAUGAAUCCACAGAUGUAAACACCAUGAACAUUCUGACGGUCUCUGUGAGAUACUAUUGCACAGAAGAAGAACGCAUAGUGGAUGAUUUUUUGGACAGCGUGCCUGUUGUCCACACUACUGGGGAAGAUUUUUGGACUGCCCUAGAGAAGAUUAUUACUGUUGACUUUAAGAUCAGUUUUAAAAAUUGUAUCGGAAUCGGAUCAGACGGAGCAUCAAAUAUGGUCGGGUGCCAUAACAGUCUAUGGACAAGAUUUAAAGUUGCUGCUCCGCAGGCUCUACAGCUUAAAUGCAUUAGUCAUUCUUAUGACUUGUGUGUUCGUAAAGCUAUGGAACAUCCUGGCUCAAUGCCAUCUUCACUCAGUAAAUUGCUUCAUGCCAUUCCAAGGUGGUUUGGCUCCAGCUCAAUCAGACAACAUAAUUUUGAAAAAAUAUCUUUCGUCAUUAAUCAAGACAACAUCAAUUCCCGGGAACCUUUCCAAAAGUUUGACGAGACACGCUGGUUGGCCCGAGCUAAGGUAGUAAAUGGAAUUCUAAUUGCUUACUGGGAACUGGUAGCUUACUUCGAAGCUGUAGAAGAGGGAGAAGCAAACACAGUUACCAAGUAUGAUGCAAACGAGAUCCUGAGUCUUCUAAAGGACAAGAGACACUUCUUAUUCCUCACUUUCCUUGCUCCUGUUGUUGCAGAAUUUGAGAAGAUUAAUGCUUACUUCCAGGUUAUUAUUAUUAUAAUUAUUAUUAAGAUAUAUAUCUCUGAAAAUGCUAGAGAACAGGUUUCACAGGUGAAGAGAAUAUGCUUCACGUUCCUUGAGGUCGCACUUCAAGAACUCGACAAGAGAAUUCCAUCUAACUGGAAAACCUUUACUAGAAUGAACUCCCUCACCCCGGAGAAGGUGUUAUCCUCCGACCGGUGCCCAUUCUCCUCCCUCCCCUUCUUGGAGUUCUGUGAGGAGAAACUUGAAGAUAUUGAGUCACAAUACAGGCGUGUAAACCAAGUGGACUGGUUAUCCUAUGAACCAUUUAAUGGAAAGAUCCCUGAUCCUGUUGGUUUCUAUGGAAUUGUUAGAAACUACUGUGUAUCUGGAGAGAGCUGUCCCAAUGAUCUUGAAACAGACAACAAGGAUGAUGCCGAUGAAGAUUUAGAUCAUCUUUUAGAUGAUAUCAAUUUAUCCUUGAAAUGA